UGGCUACUACCCCCAGGCUCCCCCACAGGCCUACGGUCCUCCGCCGCCGGGCGGAGGCUACCCGCCUCAGGGCUACCCACCCGCCCAACAGCCGAUGCAAUACCAGGAGGCGCCGCCUCCCAGGGAGGAGAAGAGUCACGGCUGCUUCUACACCUGCAUUGCCACCCUUUGCUGUUGUUGGGUGUGCGGAGAGACGUGUGAAUGCUGCUUGGAAUGCUUUGAUGUUUGCUGCUGAGCGGCUGCGUGGGACUUGUUUGGAUACUACAAUGGCGCAUAGAGAGGGUAUUGGGGUCUUUGGGAAGUCUAGGCUGUUCAUAAAGACACU